AGAUGUGAAUUGGUUGACCAAAAUUGCAUAGUACUCUUUUACUUGGCGGGUUAUAAUAAUGCCCACGGAUUCCGGAGAAACCUCGUCAGUUGCACGCCUGAUUCCUCCUGGGGUUAGACGCAAGGCUGAAUAACGUAAUUUGUGUAACCCCCACGGCGAGGCUUCUGGAUGCCAAGAUCAGGCUCGAAUGCUGACUAUGAGGCAGCAAAUAGUAGAAUGUGGCUCUGAGCAAGAUAUGCGUGAUCUCGGGUGUCUCCGGGAUACAUGCAUCUGAGCGCAAGGCUGUAAGCAUGUUCGCGACAAGGCUGAGCUUCAGAGUCGGGAUAAAAGACCCAGCAGUUCCGUGGUUUCUUAGUUUAACGUUAGAUGCGCAGCUUGAGACGUUUCCACCAUCGAACCCAUUUAUAUCCCGCCUUGUUAUCUAUUUCCCAGUCACAACUAUUAUAGACGCCACAAUGCCCUCCGGAUAUCCCUGGUGGUGCUUCAUCUGCAAUAUCCAAGUGGAAAUCAACUAUUAUGGAAACUGCACCAACUGUGGCGGAGACAAAGUCUGUCCUGCGAAUGAAGUUGCCGAGUGAGCACCAAGGGGCUAUUUGUCGCGGCGGCCAAUCCUUCAGCAGCCGCCUGGCUUGAUUGUGGGUGUGAUUCUGCAUUGAUGCCCGUCUGUUUCCGUAUCCACUCGUCGUCCAUGGUUAGGGCUCUAGCUGAUUGAGCGUACCUGACUGCGAACGAGGGGAAGCUGACUGGUCUUUGAUAUAUCUUGCUCUGAACUGCGUGCAUUUUCAGCUGUUAAUCUUGGUCUUGACUUUGGAUUAUACUCCAUACUACACACAUUAUUCUUGCCGCUGUGUGUGCUUAGUCGAGAACUAUUAGGAUUUCCACAGGUAUACUUAUACUGGGCAUAGUUGCCCUAGUUUAUCUUGUAGACAUUCCGGCAAGCAGUUUUACGCUCAAACUCAAGCCUAAGCAUCAGGGCCUUGCUUGGAUCCUAGAGUCGGAGCCUAGAAUCUAGGUAUGACUGCCUGAAGUGAAUACGCUCGCUCCUUCGCGGCUUGGCCCGGUCAUCUGGAGCCAGCGGCAGAGCGACCCAUCGAGUAUAAAGUAAAGACGACCCUGGGGAAGCCGGGAAUUAUGUACGUCACCUGAAUCUCAUUCCCAGGUCCCAUCUCAAUUCCAAUCCAACGCCAACACAGACACUGGCACGGCUCAAUCAUGGCCGCCCUGACCUCGCUCCCCGCUGAGCUCCUCUUCAUGAUAACAUCCUACCUCGGGAACCAAAAAGACAUCUUGAACCUCGCCUCGACGACACGAGCCCUCUACGCCCUUCUCUAUACACAUGCGUUUACAUCACUACGCCUAGACGACGAGUCGCACUACCAACUCACCCGCCUCACGCACGUCCUAGCGACGAACCCAGAAUGUGCACGCGCAGUUCGCAUCCUACAGUUCGAGCCCAGUGUGUCCCAUGAGCCUUCCGAUGUUCCGGUGGAAGAACACGUGAAAUACGACGGCGGGGUUAUCCGGCCGAUUCUUGAGAGGCUCGUUUCUGCCCUGGUGUACCCAUCUGACGCGACGAAGAAGAAGAAGGACACGAACAAUAAUGCAAAUGAAAAUGCAGAUACGACGGUCGCAAAGUGGGAAGCGUCGCUGAAGGAGGGAAACGAGAUCGAUCUCUGGGUUGCGCUUGCCCUUUCGCUCGUGCCGGGGGUCGAAGAGCUGAGUCUUACCUUCUCGUAUGGGUCGUUCUACAUCCGGAAACUGGUCUCGGCGGUGACGCUCGUCGGCCCAGACGGUCAGGAGCCCCCCUUCAACUUGUCGCGAUUGCGAACGCUCAGCGCACGCUGGUGCGAUACCGAGAACGGCGUCCCCUCCUCAUACAUCCUCCCCUUCUUCCGACUGCCCUCGCUCCGCGAAUUCAACGGGGUGUGCAUCACCGACGGGCGACCGGAAGACGAGAAUGACCUCCGCGGAGACGGUCCUCCAAAGGACGAGGGCUACUACUACUACGAGGAGGACUACCAGCCGUAUCCUGAGUACGAAGAUGACCCCGAGGGCUAUUUCCGGCGGUACCCCGGCAACGAAGGGUUCUCCGACGUCACGCACAUCACGCUCCGCGACAGUAACAGUGAAAAGGGGUUUCCAGAUCUCAUCCGUGCGUGUCGGAGGCUGGUUUCGUUUGCUUAUGAGCAUGGCGAGCUCGGUGGGGGUUUUGGGUGGUUGGCGCCGAGGAGGUUCUACGGUUCGCUGUGCAAGCACAAGGACUGGCUGGAGGAGCUGACGAUCGGUUAUGAUGCGUGGGCUUCUGGGUAUGGGCAUCCUCUCGAGUCAGAGUUUAUCGGCUCGUUCAAGGACUUUAAAGUGCUGAAGCGGCUGAGGGUGAGGGGUGCGAAUAUUCUCGGAAGAGAUGGGAAGAUGCCGUUUGAUCUCCUGCCGCCGUCGCUGGAGUCCCUAUUGAUUGAACAAUUCGCGGCGAAAAAUGACCAGAAUCUCAUCGAGCAGCUGAGGGAACUGCGGAGUGUCGUCCAGUCGCAGUGUCCAGACUUGAUCUCGUUGAGAGUCGAGAGUUACCAGGGGGAGACACAGCCGCAGGAGGAUGGCUGGCCACGGUAUCUGGAUCGGAUUACGUCGUGUGCGAUUGAACUAGUCGAUUGUGCGUGAGGGCCACAUCUGACCGCGAUAGAUCGAAUAACUCCACGCUGUCCUAUAUUCUGCGUGGGACUUCUGUAAGCACCCGUGUUUAUACUUCCCACGGUGGCUUCGGAGCCAAGUGAAUCCAUGAUGAUCAUCGUUCCCGGUUGUAGCAUCCAUCGAGAUCCCGUUUCCUCUCCUGUCAAGACCUCGCGCCUGGCCCCUUGCGCGUUUAAACUGCGGUCAACGAGAGGCGGUGGAUUGCAUUGAGAGGGGAUAGUCGGGGGCUGAGCGGCUGAGCGAGGUAGCGUCGGGCGUCAGCGGGGGAUGCCGACUGGCCCAGUCAACGCCUCCAUGCUCCACAAUUGAGUACAAACGGACGAACAUGUGCGACACUGCGAGAUAUAAGAAGAGUGUACAGCACAUCGGCCGUUGUCAAAUUUCCACGUCUCGACCACUCCAUUGCAUAGUCAAAUGUCCGCAGAUGAUAGUGUCCCGCAAACAAUUCGAGCCAUGUCGCUCGAAAACCUCCCUUAUGACAUUCUUCAGGCCAUAUACACCAGCAUCGACACGCAACGCGACAGAAAUGCUCUCCUCAGAACAUGUCGCUGCUUCUACAAUCUUUGGAACGAACCUCUCUACCAGACGGCGGUCCAACUCUGGCCAGCCCCGACAGCAAAAUGGACAAUAAAGCACGGCCGCAAGGACACAUUGCAGAAAC